GGCGACGAGACGUCCCGCUGGUAUAAAACGGCCCCCUCCCGGGACGCCACGAUCGUCACAAGCAAACGCACGCGCCCCCGCCUAUGAAAGCCCGCGCGCACCACGCACACACGCACGCACGCAGUCGCAGGCGCCGCAGCUCGUCUCCAUGGGUGUCGUCGAGGCAGAGGCGUUGCAUGGGGCGGUGGAGGCCCUGGCUGGGUCGCUGCAGCCGCACGUGGCCACCGCCUUCUUCGUGUUCUCGGCGUGCACGGUGGCCCUCGCCGCGCUCCUUGCCGUGGUGCGCCUGCGCCCGCCGUGGUGGUGCGACUGCACCGUGUGCGAGGCCUUCCUGACGGCGUCGUGGGCGGGAGAGUUCGACAACCUCUGCGACUGGUACGCCCACCUGCUGCGCACCUCGCCGGCGCAGACCGUGCACGUGCACGUCCUCCGCAACGUGCUCACCGCCAACCCGGUCACCGUCGACCACGUGCUCCGCGCCCGCUUCGACAACUAUCCCAAGGGCGCUCCCUUCUCCGCCAUCCUCGCCGACUUCCUCGGCCGCGGGAUAUUUAACGUCGACGGUGACGCGUGGCUCUUCCAGCGCAAGCUCGCCGCUGCCGAGCUCGCCUCUCCGGCGCUCCGCGCCUUCGCGGCGCGUGUCGUGGCCUCCGAGCUGAGGUGCCGCCUCAUCCCUCUGCUCCACUCUGCUUCACGUGAGGGCAACGGCAAGGUGCUCGACCUGCAAGACAUGUUCCGCCGCUUCGCCUUCGACAGCAUAUGCAAGAUCUCGUUUGGCCUCGACCCUGGCUGCCUCGAGCUGUCGAUGCCUGUAUCGACGCUCGUGGAAGCGUUCGACACGGCGUCGACACUCUCCGCGCGGCGGGCGACGGUGCCCAUGCAGAUAAUCUGGAGGCUGAAGCGGUUCUUGAACGUCGGGGACGAAAGGAAGCUCCGGGACGCGGUCCGUUUGGUCGACGCGCUCGCGGCGGAGGUCAUCCGACAACGGCGGAAGCUUGGCGGCGCUGCCACCGGCAGCGACCUCCUUUCACGCUUCAUGGGCUCCAUCGACGACGACAAGUACCUCCGCGACAUCGUCGUCAGCUUCAUGCUCGCCGGCCGCGACACCAUCGCCUCGGCGCUCACCGCCUUCUUUCUGCUCCUCUCCGAUCACCCAGAGGUCGCCACCGCCAUCCGAGACGAGGUCGCCCGCGUCACGGGCGACGGCAACCGAACCAUGGCCGCCACAUUCGACAAGCUCAAGGACAUGCACUAUGUGCACGCCGCGAUGUACGAGAGCAUGCGCCUGUUCCCGCCAGUGCAGUUCGAUUCCAAGUUUGCCGCCGGCGACGAUACGCUGCCGGACGGCACGGUCGUCGCGAAGGGCACCCGGGUGACCUACCACGCCUACGCCAUGGGCCGGAUGGAGUCCGUAUGGGGCCCCGACUGCGCCGAGUUCCGGCCGGAGCGAUGGCUCCGGGACGGCCGGUUCGUCCCGGAGAGCCCGUACCGUUACCCGGUGUUCCAGGCGGGCGUUCGCGUCUGCAUCGGCAAGGAGCUAGCCCUCAUGGAGAUGAAAGCCGUCAUCGUCGCCGUCGUCCGGAGCUUCGACAUCGAGGCGAUCGCGCGGAGCUCGCGGCGGCCCAAGUUCGCGCCGGGCCUGACCGCCACGUUCGCAGGCGGCUUGCCGGUGAGAGUGCGCCGGCGGCGAGCACGUGCGAGCGGGCACAACCCGCCAAUUUAAUAGGUAGAGCAAACAAACUGGUUCGUGUCAUCACGAUUUGUUCUUCUGUGCUUCUUUUCGAACUGGAAUAUUAAUUAGGUUACAUGCAUCAUGUCGAUUA